CAUCUGUAUUCUUACAUGCACAGUCAUCUCCUGUGCUUAAUAGUUCUUGAUAUGCUACAAAAUGAGUUUGAAAAUUUUAAGCUCUUUGUUUAAACUAAACUCCAAAGGGCAGUGUUGUUAACCAAGAAUUAGAGUAGUGAUUAUUACUCUAACCAUCUUCUUGGGAAAGUAGUCAUAAAUGCACUAGCGGUUGUGCUUCUCUCUCAUCCUUAAAUACAAAAUACACCCUCAUCAUCUUCCUCAGUUAUGAUCCAACUGUGUAGCAGCCUCUUUUAUUCUUCCACUUCAUGAUCUUCUGCUAAUUUUUAUUUUUUUUUAAUAAAUUUUUAUUUUCUGAUGUUACUACACUGCUGAAUACAAGUGUUUAGAAGUUUUUGUGAUUUACUAUCUCAUGCUUAUGUUUACAUGUUUGUUUGUUAUUCUGUGCUUGCCAAUGCUGAUGGCUGAGUCACCAACUAAGCUUUCAGCGCGCUUACUGGACUCAAUUCUUCAAGAUUAUGCUUUCAGAGCACUGGAUCAUAGGCCGAGGACCGGCAUUGUGGUGGAUGGCAAUGUGCCAUCAAAUUUGAAUGGAAUUCAAGUGGCUGCCUUGAGGUUGAGAAGUGGUAGCCUCAGAAAAAGAGGCUUCUCAUUUUACAAGGAGUUUGAAAUUCCAGCUGGUGUGAUUGAGCAGCCUUUUGUGGAGAGGCUUGCUCUGGUUUACCAUGAUUUGGGAAAUUUUUCUUCCUUGUAUUCUUUGCCAGGGUACACUUUUUUAGCACCUGUGGUGGGUCUACUGGCUUAUGAUGCCUCCAAUUUGUCAGCUACCAAUUUGUCUGAGCUGGAUAUACGAGCUUCCGGGGAGCCUAUGUUGGUGAAGUUUAUGGAUUUACAAGCUUCAAAUUAUGGGGUGUCGCCAAUGUGUGUGUUUUUUGAUCUUUAUGGUUCAGUGGAAUUUGACAAUGUGGUGAGAGGUAAUGAGUGUCGAGCUACUGAACAAGGCCAUUUUUCAAUUGUCAUCGAGUUCACAGCUCCUGCGCCUGCUCCUUCAGCAGAGACUCAUCCGCUCCUGAGUGGUGACAAUGCUGGAAGAAGAACUAAACGCGAGAGAUUUAUUAUAAUUGUGGGAUCUGUGGUGGCUGGGGGUUUUCUUGUGAUGCUAUUGGCUGUGUGGUUAAGGAAGUGCAGACGUCGUGACAGGAUACAGAAACUAGAAGAGGCAGCACAAUCAGGCGUCCCGUUGUCAACGACUACUGUUGGGACUAUGAAAGUGUCUGUGGCAGAUGUUACUAGAACAAGACCAAAACUAGAAAAUGAUUAUAUACUUGAUACUGAUUUUUUGUAAGUACAACAUUGUCAAUUUUUCUGCUAUUAUCUGCUUCACAAAGAGCAUUCAUUUCAUAACAAUUUGGUGUAUUCAUUUUCUGCUGUUAUUUACUUCAUAUUUCUGAGAAUAAUAAAGAUUGGCAGAUAUGACAUCUGGGAAGUUGGU